AGCGAGUGUGGUCGUGGGGUGGUUACGCCGCAGCAAGCCGUACGCAUAAGCGCAAAGUGCGCCGCGCCGCAUACACAAUAUUUCCCGAACGAUUUACGAGUCUGCAAAUUUAUUAGUUUCUUCAACGCGCUGGUUGUUGGCGUUUCGAAAUUUGUUUUUUUUUUGCUGUUUAUUUUAACAUUAAAGUUCAUAGUAAAUAGUGUUAAUAAUAACUACAGAAGAUAAAGACGAAAAAAUUUUUUGGCAAAAAGAGUUUUCUCAUAUAUUUCAACGGUCUUUUUGGUUUGCUAUAAAAUAAUUGUUGAUUGUUGUUGCUAUUGUAUUGUGCUAAAGUGGCGAUGUUGUGCAUUUGACGGCAUAAAGAGCAUACGCACAACUACAUAUAUAUGGCAUAUUUGUGUGUAUGCAUGUAAGUGGUUUCAGGCUUUCGAAGCCUUGUCGCUUUGUUUGUCAAACAAUUGACGCCUUCGUUUACAUCUCUGCCACACCAUCACCACCCGACGCCAGCGACGCAUUCGCAGUGUUAAAAAAAAUUAUAAAUAUUAAAGUUUUUUUUUUUAAUUUACGCGCGUUUAAGCGCGCACACAAAUAGGAGUAUACAGUGUAGAACGUGCUACACAUUUUAAAUUUUAACCGAAAGCAUACAUACAUACGCUGGUAGGCGAAAUGCCUGUGCUACGUCAAUUCUCACGCAAUCCGCAAACGCGCAGUAAUGAGGAAUUCAUUUUCAUACGUUGUGGUAAAAAUACAAAUACUGUCCAAACAUCUUGGCGACCUCAGCUGCCGUUGCCCAAAGAACUUGACGACAACGCCAACGACUCCACCGAUGAUCAAAGUGCGUCUGCCGCAGACGCCGCCAAUAUGGAGCGCUCCGCACAGCAUCGCACAGCCUCACAUGCCAGCAACCGAAAAGACAAUUCGAUAAGCGGUAUACAAGCUUCGGCGAAUCAAACGCCAGCGACAAGCGCUUCGAACAAGAAGUGGUCCUUCGGGCGUCUCUUUCGUCGCAAGAAAGAGAUCGCUACGGAGUCGUCCUCCGAAGAGGAUCGUAAAGCUGGUUUUGUGCCACACCAACAAAGGCAGCCACAACGCGUCGCUAGUGGCGUAAGUGGCAGUAGUGCUAAUUUAAAAAUAAAGUCAAGUAAAUCGCAUAAAGUUAGUCGUAGCGGUAAAUUGAAUGGUGCCAGUUUCGAUCAUAUUGUUGUCAAUCCACAAACGGCGGGCGCAACGUCAACACCACCGCAUCCACCACCGCCAGCACACGUCGAUCAUGAAUUCUUUUUGCCCGUGGAGACAAUUUCACCAACCGAGGCAUACUAUCAGAAUCAACAACAACAAUACAUGCAACAUGGUGCACAAUCGGCGGCAUAUACGCGCUCUGCCAAUUCACUAGAUCGACGCGCUGCAAGAGCUGCUCUUAAAACGCGCUCAGCGCAGCGGCUGCCGCAUGAGUCGGCGUUUGGUGCACAUUCUUCCAGUGAAGAGGAAUUGAUAUCGCUGAAUUCAUCGACAUUCUCGAAGUAUCGCAGUGAUGAAAGCAUACACAGCGGCGGUCAGGGCGCCGCUAAUGCGCAGAGCAGGCGUAGUCGUGCCGCACGCAAUGAACGCUACUACAAACGGUUGUCGCGUGACGGUGAGCCCAGUAGCGGACAAGUGCCGGUGAUGUACGCGCCGCAACCAACACAACGCUGGAAAACCCAGCCGGUGCCGCUCUCCAUUUACAACCCAUCGGCGCAAGCGCACACCGCCAGCGCUGCAGCGGCAGCAGCCACACCGCGUCUACGCAAUACAAGCAGUCUGCAGCAUGUUGCACCCUAUGUGCAGUGGGGCCAACUGCAGCAACAACCAAAGAAUUUGCAAAAUACCGUUAACGAUAGUAAGCGCAGCAUCAGCUAUGACAGUCACAUACAUUUGCAAAAUAUAAAUGGACGUCUGCAGACGAAACCGCUGCCACCACCACCGCCGCCACGUGAUCCGUUGCGGCGCGUAAAUGUUAGCGGACAAAUGCAAAAUGGCAGCGCUGGCGAUUUACGCCCCAUUUCAUAUGCAUUCGACCAGAGCGGUUUGCCAACGUUGCCGGCAACCAAUCAGCGUAUGGGCGGUCGUUGUGUAUCGGAUGAUAAAAUUUGGUCGGGACCUGCAGGACCACACUAUCAAUCAGUGCAUUCAUUGAAUACGCCAAUUCUUAAUGGACCACAACCCAUGCAGGGUACGCCACAUCACCGGCGCUUUAUAACGCGUGCCGAACGUGAUGCGCACCCCGCGAAGAAAUCACUGCCGAAUGGCAUCGAAUUUCAUUAUGUUGCCGAUGCAACACCGCGCUCACGCAAACCCAUACACAUGCUCGAGCCGCAGCUCGAUACAGCGAGCAAUGACGUGGUUACCAUGGGUAUUUUACGUACUUCCAAAAGUGGUCUGCCUACCGCGACGUCCAAACAAAUGCAAGUUAAUGAUUUCUGGAAGCGCCUGGAUGCUAACUCUCAUCAACGCGGACGCGACUUGGCGCGCACUCAUGCGCAGGAGAGCAAUGUGAAACCACGCUCGAUUUCUAGUUCACGUGUGGGCGAAUUGCGCGCUUACCCAAUACCCGUAUACUCGGAAGUCCAAAAACCACAUAAGAAACCAACACAAGCAGUGCCGCCACCCGGCGUGGAUGAAGUGGACAGCAUUGUGUGCGGCAGCUUGCAUAUAAAGUCCAAGCCGGACUCAAACACAAAUUUUGUGGAGAUACGUAAUAAGGAUUAUAAUAAGAGUAGUUCAAUGCCAAACCAUUAUCAGCGGCGCUCGGGUGAGAUACCCAAUACGCCGAAUAAAUAUGACGAGUAUGUCGCUGAGAAGCGCGAGCAACAUCACAAGCCAAUUUUCACGCCACCAACACCGCCGCAACGCAAACUAUCCAUACCGCCUAGUAAUGUGGCUGAACUGCCUAUAUAUUUUCCGCGUAAGAAGCCCGCCAAUUUGGAGGAGGCAAUAAAUGAACUCGAAGCGAUCUAUAAGUCACUUGGUCUGACCGAGGAGCCGGAGAAGAAGGAGCGCGUACCGACACCAAGCGAAUUUGAAAAGUAUGCUUUAGCGCAUGCGCACGAAUAUGAUGACGAGGAUUCGCCCACAGGCGAACCCGAUCCGAUACGCGACGAUGUGGCCUAUCGUAACAUGCAGUUGGCGAAUUUGCAGCACAAGACCGUGGAAAAGCAGCCACCGUUCGGCAUACCUGUUGGCCCGGUUGUUGCCGCGCCGCAAAACGACUAUCUGCAUGUUAUACCAAUUGUAGAGCUCAUCCAAUCGGUGAAUACGCCCGAUGUAGUUAAAGAUGAUUUGGCGGUGCGCGCUUUACGUAAAGAUCCACCAGGCGCCAAAGAUAAAUUCAUCUAUCCCUACAGCUCAUUUCAGAAAAAGAAUCGCGCUACGCGCACACAGUCCGCGAAUAUUUAUAAUCUUAUACAUCGCGACGCCGCAAAACCAUCUGGUGGUGAUCUACACUCUUAUUUGGAAUUGACGCGCAGCUUAGAACGUGCUGGCAGCAUGUCCGAUCUGCACAAAGAUGCUGGUGUAACUACCGCCGAUGUGCCCACAACACUAGCGCUGCUGCGCAAUCUCAAAGAACAGGAACAACAACAACAGCAACAGCCGUCGACACCACAAAAGAAAAUCACGUUACCCUUCCGACAUCCAAGUCAAGGCGGCGCCAUUUGCGCGCUGCCCGAAAAGUUGCCUAGCAACAGCGCGCACAAGGAGGAAGUGCACAAACCGCCAGUGCCGCUGCCGCGCAAGAGUCUUACACCCGAACCGACCGCAGCGAAUGCCCAAAUGGAAGAUGCUUUGAAUAAAAUCGCAAUGGAUGCACAAGAGAAGUCGGAGAAACUGACAAAAGAACUGCAAGAGUUGCGCAAGGAAGCGCUCAUAACUGCCGCGCGGCCCAAAGUGGCGAACGCUGAGGAAGAGCGACUCGAGAAGGACCUGCAGGAAAUUGAAGCCGUAUCGGAGGCUGCAAAACGUUGUGGUAAAAUGCUCUUAGAUACAUUACCGGAUGCCAAUGAGAGUACAGUGCAAGCGAAACCGCGCAAGCUGCACAAAGAGGGGAAACUGAUCGAAGCUAUCGAUCAGGUGUCCGAGGCGGCGAAUGCGGUAUGUGAGAAAAUACUAAAGGAUAUUGUAACCACUGAGCCGCCGGUAGUGAUACAAGAGGCAGUGCAGGUGAAGAAUAAGCAAACACCCACUGAAAUGCUCGUUAUGCCAAAUCUUAUCAAAAAACUGGAUCCCAUACAAUCGGAGCAAAUCGAGGCGAUUGCCAAACGUUGCAUGCGCCAACUGAGCGCGCUGGCCGAUGACAACCCCGACUAUGACAACCUCAAUCAGGAACUUCAACAGCAGAGCGCAGGGGGAGCCGCCACAGCCGUUGCUUGUAACGUCGAACAUUUAUCAAAGGCGUCAGCGGCAAAAGUUGAUAAUCUCAUUUCUACCGUUGCAGAAGUGACGCCAGCGCAACCAGCUGCGGUGCAGAAGCAGCACGCAGACAUUGAGGAGAUCGAUCAAAUUAUGCAAGAGUGUGAGGAGCAAAUGCGCGCCGAAACUGUAAAUUCACCAAUGACUACAGCGCCCCCUAUAGUGUUGUCCGAACGCACUUUGGCUACCACACGUCUGCUGGGCACAACAACAAACACAGCGAACACGAAAAACAGCAGUGGCGAUGAUCACACAACAGCGCCCAGCAUGACCACAAGCAGUUACUGCAGCAGCAGUAGCAGCAAUAACGUUGUGGGCGCGGCCAAGCCGGGCGCCAGCACGACGGCCUCCUCAUUUUCCUCCUCUAGCGAUUGCCUAGCCAAAUCAUCGAGUCCCUCCGCCGGUCGACGACAAUCUUCGAGCAUAACCUCCUUCAAUCCUUACUCCUCCAGUGAUUAUAUUAAGUCACCAAGUAGUGAAUAUCAUGCACCCAGCACCGAUCCAAUAAAAACUUUUAGUAGCACCUCGUACGAUGUCAAAUCGACAACGAGCGCCACACCGAAUAUAAGCGCCACAACGAACAGCACAUUUAGUUACUCGCCAUCGCCGCCACUAAAUCUGACGCCCGUCAGUGAAACUGCCGCCAUCAUUGUCGCCGAAGGUGUUACGAAUAUCGGCCGCGCUACUUCAGCUACGCGUCAAUCGCAGGAGCGCACGCGCACACGCUCCUCUUCAUCGCCAUCGCAAUACAACUCCUCCGAAGAGUUGGCAAUGAUUUUCGGUAUUGACGAGCAGCCUCGCCGCAAACGCGCGCAACAACAACAAGCCAAAGAAAUGCAGUCAGCUACAGAAGUUUCAGGUAAAACAGAAAUUACUAAAUCCAUUCAUGUGCCAAGCGCGCCAUUGACAUCAUCCAGUCAUGCAUCCAUGCUCGAUACUGCUACCAGCACUACUACUACUACUACUACUAUUUUUACUACCGCAAAUGCUACCCAGCUGUACACUAAUCCCAAUAUUGUUGCUGUUGCCAAGGCCUGCGAAACCGUGGCGCCCGAUAAUACUAAUAACACAGCGCCUCUGAAUGUUAUUGCUGUUGUUGAUGAUAAUGUUGAAGUUGUUGUUGAUAUUGAUGUUAAAGACACCACUACUACCACUAGUAUUAGUACCAUAACAACCAAUAAUCCCACUACCAUAGCCAUAAAUACCAACACCAAAAACUCAUCCACUAGUUUAAGUCCAAGUAGUUAUAAGCUUGCAUCCAUACCGGAGUCUCAAGCGGAUGAGUUGUCGGAGUGUAUGUCUCCAAAACUGUCGCCCAAUUUUAAUAAGAUCUAUGCUAGUAAAAUAAGUAUUAUAGUCGAUGGUGUGAGAGCUGAGCCUGCGCGCAAUGUUGAGCUCACCACGCAUUGCGAUUCGUCAUGUGAGGAUGAAACUUCGUCCAAUCCCGACUCGGGUAAUGUUAGCUUAGCGGAUUAUCCACUCACGAGUACACAAACGAAUAAUGCAUGUCUGCAGCUAGAAAGCGCGUAUAAUAGUCAUUUUGAGAUUAAGAAAAAGAAAAGGCAUUUCCGUAGCGAGAUAUCCAUAGAACGCCUAGCUGUUGAGUCCAGCGCGGAAGGUGCGCACGAAAACAAACCAGAUGCUGAAGAAUUUCCACCGCCACCAAGCGAGGAAGAACUGCUCGAUAGUUUGAUAGGGGUAACUAGUAUGGGGGAUGCUCAGAAAAUACAGAUUGAGGAAAUAGGGCUUGAACAUGAGGAGAUUAUAAACAAAAACAAUAGAGAAAUAUUAGAAGAUCAAUUUGAGUUUUUAGAAGAUAAACCGAAAUUGCAAGGAACUUUCGAUAAUUUCGAGGCCGAAAGUACUGACGAAAACAAUUUCAAAGAGAGUAGCUUGAGUGAAAACGAAAUAAAAACAGAGAGUAUAGGAAAGUGUACUUCGAAAGAAAAUUUGUUGGAGUCACAAAACCGGGAAAAACGUAGUUUAGACGAAAGUAUAAUAAGUGAAAAUGGUUUGGAAAGCCGAAAUGAGGAUUUAUUUUGUACAGAGAAAAUCCAGGAGACAGGAGGAACCUUUCAGAAAGAGAGUACUGUGUCUACCGUAGGUGACACUAGAAUUGAACAACACCAAAAAACCAAGACCAUUGAGCGAAAAUCAAGAUCUACUAAAAAGCUCAACGACGCAGAUCUGAUAGAAUUAGCACAACUGGUGAGAAGUAGUAGUGGUUCACGGAGAAAUAGUGAAACUUCAACAGCUGACGCAUACUCUGCAGAUUUUGAAUACAAUCCAGCCGAAGAACUGAAGUGCACUGCCACAGCGCGCAUUAGUACCGAGCUCGAACAACUCCGAUUAGCAUUCUCUGACCUUUUGGAGAGAAAUCUCACAGAUAUCGAUGAGUUGCCAAGCAUCGAGGAAGAGGAUGAUGCAGCUGCUGCGCUUGUUAACCAAGAAGAAGAUCACAAAGCCGACACACACACAGAGAUGAGAGACGAAAUCUAUGAAACGCCGCGCCGAAAACUUAGCGUAGUCUAUGAGACACCAUCGCUAAAUCUCAAUAUAUCGGAAGUGAAGAUCAGUUAUUCGCCAGCAGAUCAGCUUGAAAGGGAAAGUACAACGCAAGAUGCAUUGACACAAAUAACACAAUGCACCGCCGAAGUGGACCAGCUCAAUGAAGCGCUCAAAACGAUGCCGGAAAAGGGGUUAAAAGUGUAUAGUAGUGCAGUGGCCCCAGAUAGUAGCAGUAUGCUGCCAUGGCGUCGCCGGCACGAUGAGCUGGAGGAUGAUGAGAAGCCAUCAACAAGCGCUGCUGCAGCGGCGGCGGUAAAAACGACGAAUGAGCGUCGCGCGCUCUCAAUAUUUGGCGAAUUACGUCCGACGGCGGCGAUGAGUAGCUUAACGACACUCGAGCACGUGCUCAUGGCUUGUUCGUUGGGCGUUAUCACACCGACAGAUCUGUACACAUUGUGCCUAAUCAUAAUCGGCAUAAUAACCAUAAUAGCCAUUGUUUUAUUUUGAGUCGCACUUGCAAACGAGUUUGAGUGUUUGACUCAAAAUUAAUAUUGUUGACUGUUUUUUUUUUUGCUCACCCGUAGUUGUAGUUGAAAAAUAGCGACAAUUUAGACGAAAAGUCUAUGAAAAGAAAACUUUGCACAUUGUUAAGUUUGGUAGUGUUUGGUAUUAAAUAAACGAAAAUUAUAAAUAAACACCGAUUAAGCAUUUGAGUGACUUUAUAAAUGAGUGGAGUUUAGCAUAGUGUAAAGCGAACUCACACAUAAGUAUUGUAAAUUUGUUAAUAGAGUUGUAGCGUUAAGUUGACUACCUGCAUACUUAAUAUAAUUUUAAUUAUAAUUUUUGUAUUAAUUAACGAGCAAAAUCCGAAAGAUUAACGAAAUUAAUGAAAUUUAAUGAUUUUUUCUAAAGUUAAUUUUUAAUUAAAAAAAUUUACUUUUUGGAAACUUUUAGCAAUACAUUAAUAAAAUGGAAUAUAAUGAUUUUUGUUUUUGUAUUUCAAUUUGAAAUUUACUGUAGUACCGCAUACAACGAAUGCUUUUAUUACAAAAUAUCGUUUCAACAUGCGACGCAUACGAGAUUUAUUACAACGAAAUUUGCUGACAAAAACGAAAAGUUAUUUUUAAUUAUUAAAAAUAAUUUUUAAGACUAGUAUGUAUUUGUUUUUAAUACUAACUGUUAUAUUUUUUUAUAUAAGCAGUAUAAUAAAAAAUUUGGCGUAUUAUUUAUCAGAAACAAAAAUGUUUACAAUUAUAAUUUAUUGUACCGUAAACUAAAAUUAUCAUUUUGUAAGUAUGUAGUUUUUAUUGUGUAAAAAAAAUAUUUUUAUAUUUUUUAAUAUAAAAUAAAAAUGUAAAGUAAUAAAAAAGUACUUGAGAAAAAUUAAUUUAAUUUUAAAUUUUUAUUUCAAACUUUUCACAAAAAAGAAAUAUAUAUUUUGUAAAAAAUUCGUUUUAAAAAUUUCGUAUUUUUAAAAUAAAGAAUAUUGAGUAAG